GAAAAUGUUGGAGCGGCUGGAACACGAGAGACGGCUGGACCGACGGCUGGACCAGAGGGAACGAUAAAGCCUGACUAAGUGACUCUGGCUUAAACUGAAACCUAACAAGCAGAGUUUCCCUCGUCUCAGGGUUAACUAAGACUAAUACCGUCCCUCGUGACUGUGUGAGUGACAGCAGACAGUCUACGCGCGUUCAUGUUGUGCGCAUGCGCGCUGGCUCAGUACUGCAGAGGGUGUCCCUCACCGCGGCAGCUGUCAGGAGCUCGGGAAAGUUGGACAGAGGACAGCUGUCCUGUCCUCGACUGUCCUCCGUGGCUCCGGCGCGAUGAGAGGCGCAGUCUUGACCCGCUGACGGCUCACGUUGCUCGGGUCGUCAUGGCCUCUCUUACCGUCUCCUCGACCGCCAGGAACAUCGAGAAACAUCGCAAGUCCUUGUCGCUGCUCUUCUACCGGGCAGUGCGGGACCUGAAGCCGGUGUGGAUGCUGGAGGACAUGCGGACGAUGGAGACGUUCUACCUCGAAGAGGACGAACGACAGAGGAGUUACAGCCCGUCCGAGGCUCUUCUUUACGCCAUAGUCCACGACCACCAGGCGUACGCCCAGUACCUGCUCAGCCGCUUCACCGAAGAAGCGCUCGCAAAGCCCGGGGAGCGUUUCUGCUGCUGCUGCCCGUCCUCAGCGCCGCACCUGAGCCUGGCGGUGCGCUACGACAGGCGCUGCAUCCUGGGCCACAUAUUACAGCGCAGCCACAAAACAAGUCACACGGACCACGCCGGGUCCUGGCGCACAGAGGGCGGCAGGACUGCUUUACAUCUGGCCUGUGAGCUCUUGCGGCCCGAGGCGGUCAUGAUGAUGCUGGGCAGCGGAGCUUCACCACACGCCCGGGACCAGAGCGGCCUGACCCCGCUGGACGUGGUUCUGGAGAAACUCAGGGACUCCAAGGAGGCGAAGAGCCGGGACAGUCGCCAGUGCUUAGACAACCUGCUCAUGUUCAUGCACACGGUGCAGUUCAAACUGAGAGGGUGUUUAAAGAGCGAGCCGGAGCGCUGGAGGACGCUGCUCGGCGAGGACACGUACAGGUACCUGUCGGGAAGGAGCCCAGCGCCGCUGCUGCUCAGCGCCAUGCGGACCGUGGUGAAGCAGCUGCGUCCUGACACGUUCCCUGACUGUCUGCACGAGCUGCCCCUGCCCCCCGCCCUCUUAGCGCGGCUGCUGUAGCCUCAGUGUGACGUCAGGGCCACCAGGGCGCGUGCUCCAGUGUAUGAUGUGACAGUAUGGAUUUAUUGGAAUGAUAUUGAAUGAUUGAGAUCAUUGUAAAUAUCAGUUUGAACUCAUCAUUGUCUAAAACACACUGAACUUGACACGAGAAAGUGAAGGGAAAUAAAUCACCAGGACUGUGUGUUGUUGAACAAGUGAUUACAACAGUAAUGUCGGUGUGAAAUGUGAUCAUAACUGUAGUUAAGUGUUACUAGAGAAGCGGAUCAAUGACCGGGAUUGAAUUAGCUGUAAAGCAAUAACAUCUGAAUGAAGGUCAUGAUGACGUACUGGAGGUUCUGAAGCAUGGUGUCAUGAACACAGCUAUGUUCUUGCAUUGUAGUCAUCUGUUGACGUGUCACCCACAGGUACCAACACUUGACUGACAUGGUCCAGUUUGUAAUGUUACAGCUGAUCUUUGUUCAUUUGGGUUAUUUAAAACCUCUGACCUUUUUAAAUAAACAGGAAUCUAAGUGGUGAUCUCAUCUUACCUUUCUUUGCCAUUUCUAAUCAUCGAACAGUCAGUCUAAUAAAUGAACUAAAGAAACUAA